AUGGGCCUACCAAAUAAAAAUAACGGAGAGUUAAGUAGUGGGGUUAAAAAAGACACAAAACCCGUUGAAGAUGCUCAUAUUUUGGAUAAAGUUUUAACCCACGUCGGGGACUUCGGACGGUACCAGAUGCUGUUGUUUUUGAUUAUGAUGCCUCUGGGAUACACUUACGCUUUCGUCUACUUCGUGCAAAUGUUCAUCACUGCUACACCGAAGAAUUACUGGUGUAGGGUUCCUGAGUUGGCUGGCUUGAGUAUGGAGUUAAGAAGAAAUCUAUCAGCCCCUGGAAUUGCCAGAGGUGAUUGGGAUCAUUGCAAGACUUUUGAUACAAAUUGGUCACGAAUCUUGGAGACGUUGAUACCGCCGCCAGAUGGUACGCCUACUAUACCAUGCCAGUAUGGUUGGGAGUUCGAGUUGAGUGAUAUACCUUAUGAAACUGUUACUUCUGAAAGAGAUUGGGUGUGCAAUCACGCAAGUUACGUACCUACAGCACAGUCAGUAUUCUUCGCUGGUGCUGUCCUAGGGACUUUUGUCUUCGGAUGGAUAGCUGAUCGCUUUGGCAGAGUACCUGCUGUAAUAGCCACAAACUUGAUUGGUGGCAUCGGCGGUAUUGCUACUACAUUUACAAGCAAAGAGUGGGAUUUCAUCCUCUGCAGGUUUAUCGUUGGCGUAUCUUUUGACAACUGCUUCAUGAUCCUGUAUGUUUUAGUUCUUGAAUAUGUGGGAUGUCAAUACCGCACCGUAGUUGCCAAUUUAGCAUUGGCAUUAUCUUUCGCCGUUGCCGGCAUAUCAUUGCCCUGGAUAGCGUAUUAUAUUGCUGACUGGCGCAUAUUGUUGUGGGUUACUUCACUACCCAUGUUCCUCGUAUUGCUAAUGCCUUGGUUCUUGCCCGAAAGUGUCAAAUGGUUAGUAAGCAAGGGCCGCGUGGAAGAAGCUGUAGCUAUACUCAAGCGAUUUGAGUCCAUGAAUGGAAAGAAGAUUCCCGAUGAUGUCAUGGACGAAUUUAGAAUGUUUGGAGAGAAAGCCAAGUUGGAGGAAAAGCAUUCAAUAUUGGAAAUGCUGUCUAGCAAAGAACUGCGUUGGGCUAUGUUCAGUUUGAUUUUGGUGUUCAUGGGAUGUGGUGUUGUUUUUGAUGGCCUGGCGCGGUUGGCUGACUCAUUUGGCUUGAGUUUCUUCGCUGUUUUCAGUUUUAAUGAAGUCUUCGAAUUCGCAGCUAUUUUCUUCGUCAUUAUUAUUCUCGAUAGGUUGGGCAGAAGGAACUCUACGACAAGUUCAUCAUUUAUAGCCAGUGUCUUACUCCUGAUUGCUCUCUUCGUGCCUGAAGGUCUUCCUCAGGCGAUUUUAGCAAUAUUGUCACGUUUCUUUAUGACGACGUGUUAUACAGCCAGUAUGCAAUGGUGUACAGAGGUAAUACCGACACCUUUUCGGGCUUCUGGAAUGUCCAUUUUUCAUAUGAGUGCAUUUACGGCCAAUAUAUUUUCACCCUUCAUUGUAUACGCAAGUCGCGUAUGGGACAUGUUGCCGAUGGUGAUAUUUACUGUAAUAUCAUUCAUAACGGCGGGUGUCUGUUUGACAUUGCCGGAGACCAAGGGCUUAGCGCUGCCGCAGACCAAAGAGGAUGGUGAAAACAUAAUCAGGGAACACUCUUUAUGCCGAAAACGAAAAAAGACAGAAGACAUUAAAAUAUCAACAUUAGAAGCUAGUUAA